AUGAGCCUCCCCAAGACUUUCAAACAAGCCGCCUUCAAGGAGAACGGCGGGCCUCUGGUCGUCGAGGAGGUUGAGUUGACUCUUCCUUCCGAUGGGCAGGUUUUGAUAAAGGUGGAAGCUUGUGGCGUUUGCCAUUCGGACAAGUUUCCUCAGUUCAACGGCAUGGGAGCUGGUUUCCCUUUCGUCCCUGGUCAUGAGUUUAUCGGAAGAGUGGCUGCAGUCCCUUCAGGCGAGAAGAAGUGGAAAGUUGGUGACCGGAUCGGUGGUGGCUGGCAUGGAGGACACGAUGGUAAGAAAUUCAUCCGAGUGAAGCGGUUUAGUCACUACUCUAACAGAGCUACUCCAGGCACGUGCAAUGCUUGCCAAAAAGGCAUGUUUCAGAUGUGCGAUAACAAGGUUAUAAAUGGAGAGACUGUCGGAGGAGGAUAUGCCCAAUACUGCAAGAUUCGCUCCGAGUCAGGGGUCAGAAUCCCCGAAGACAUCGACGCUAAGCUUUAUGCACCCAUUCUGUGCGCUGGUGUUUCGACCUUCAACUCUAUCCGCCAGCUCAAUGUGCCCCAUGGAUCGACGGUUGUCAUCCAUGGUAUUGGUGGCCUGGGGCAUCUUGCCAUCCAGUACGCAAAUAAACUUGGCUACCGGGUUGUGGCUAUCUCCCGUGGGCGCGACAAGGAACAGUUUGCUAAGAGCCUGGGAGCACAUGAGUACAUCGAUGCAGCUACCCAAGAUCCUGUCAGCACCCUCAAGGAACUAGGUGGUGCAUCUCUUGUUGUUUCGACAUCUCCCAACGGCGCGGACAUAACACCAUUGCUCGGCGGGCUGGGCCCUCUUGGAAAGUUACUGGUUCUCUCUGUUGCUGGUGACUUGUCGAUUAGCGUUCUUACUCUGAUGGGUUACGGGCUCUCUGUUCACUCCUGGCCUUCAGGUCACGCAACAGAUACAGAAGACACAAUCGCGUUUACCAAGUUGCAUGGGGUCAAUUGUAUGACACAGACAUGGCCGUUAGAACAGGUCAACGAAGCAUAUAACGCCAUGGUUAGUGGUGACAUACGUUUCCGGGCAGUGAUUACUAUGGAAGACUAG